AGAGACAAUUAAGCUGCGUCAUUGUGCCGCCUUGGCGAGGGUGGCCCCUGAUAAACUCCGGAAGCAGCGCCCCAUGGUCUCCGAUUCAGACUCUGAAGAGACAUGACCCAAAGCAGCUACUUCAGCGGAGUGUGGGAUGAGGGGCGUUGUGCAUCCGUCCCUGUUAGUGCCAGAGCUCCGGUAUUCGAGCCACGGCUCUCAGCGCCGACCAUAGUAGUUGGCCGACUGCGAAGCUCCCACCGUCGAGCGACGACACAGACCCAAUUGCAGCUGGAAAUUUGGGGGGAGUCCAGCCGUCCCGCUGGUGCUUUGAGAUGUUCAUGUCCGGUGAUGUCCCUUUCGGGCAUCAAGAUUUGUUGCCUUUGUGGAUCCCUGGAGAGCAAACCCAUUGGAGACGCCAGAUUUGUUCGCCUUCUUCGCGUGGAGCGAGAACCGGAGAGGGCAAUCCCAAUUGAAACGCAAUAUGCCGACGGGCGAACACCAGCGACGGAACCCCUUCCCUCUGGCGGCAGCGUUUCUAUUCGCUGGCAGAUUAGUGGGACGGACAUGGAGUGCCACCUUGUUGUGCAUCAUCUGGCUUCCACGCCACGAUAUGGCCUCACGCGGUCCUCGUCAUUGCGCGAGCAAAAUUCCUCCGGAGGGUAUCGCAAGGUACAAAGUGGAAGACCACAGGGCAUUUGCAAUCGAGCCCGCCUAGCAGAGCUCACGGAUGGCACAAUAUUUCACUCUUUUCCCGAGGUCGGCCUUAGCCGCCUCGCAAAGAACUUAAGCCCUCGCCUCCCGAGGCAACUAAAAGCCCUCUCCCGAGGUCGGUCCCAUCCACCUCACGAGGCACUCAAGCCCUCGUCUCCCGAGGCAACAGAAAGCCCUCUCUCGAGGUCGGUCCUAGCCACCUCACGAGGCACUCAGCUUUUCCCGAGGUCGGUCCUAGCCACCUCACGAGGCACUCAGCUUUUCCUGAGUGCACUUCUUGUUGAUUGCUACUACUUUCCCAUUGCCGCUCCGGACAACGAGUCGGCGGUGCACCUCAUACUCAUUGGUGCAGACCCUUUCACUUUGCCACUCUGGACAACGAGUUGGCUGCGCACUUGAUAGUGAUUGGUGUAAUUUCAUUACAGCGAGCUUUACAUUGCAUCAUUCCAUAAACUUUUUACAUAGCUUUUUAGAGCCAUUUCUUGAGGAAUUGAGUGUGUUCUUGAUCUAAAUUAGUUUACUCAUAUUCUACUCUUUAAGAGAGUUUUUGUUCUUGAGUGGUUAAGUGUUGUGAACACUUUAAGGGAGGUUUGUUCCCUU